UUGCUUACACACACCGACUCACAAAAUAGUCGCAGACGCUUGUCGCAUACCGACUCACAAAAUUGGGUAAGCAUACUCGGCACCUGCACCACUUCCGUUAUCUGGUAAAUGACCGAACCAACAUUAGCCGCAGACCACGAACCAGAUACGGCUCUAGAACGCCAGAAAUCGACUCCGAUUUGAGGAUCAAUUUGGAGUUUGCUUGGCUACGGGAACGCUGUUGACGUGAAGCUUGGAAGCUUUUAACCAACUUCUAUAGCGUAGGGAACAACCCCACACGGGAAGUUCCGCGAUAAGGCAAAAAAGAGAGGAACCUUCAGGUGCUUAGGUCCGUACAACGGAGAUCAGUCUUGUUUAUCGCCGGAGCAGAAAUUGUGAGGAUCCAUUCCGACAGAAAUUCCAUAAUGCUGAAAUGGCAAAAGGUCUGAUAUGGGCAACAGCCGAGGAUUUGGCGCGGAAUAGAGGACAUGUGCUCUCUCUGUAUCGCCAGAUAUUGCGGAGCCUGAACUCCCCUGAUUUGCCACUGAACUUGGCGGCAAGAUUGGCCAAGAAAGCUGAAGUUCGUGCCAUCUUCUUGCUGGCUUCUGAAGAGCGAUCCCUCCACAACAUCGAAGAUCUUUUGGAUACUGCUGAGUACUCUCUCUCCCUCUUAAGAAAAGGCGAAAUCCCAAAAUACAUCCAAUGAAUAAUUUACUCAUCCAUCUCUAAAGGCUCUUUUCACAUCAUGUCUUGUCGUGGAUAGAACCUUGAAAAGUUUUCGGCCUAGAUUUUCAUAUGCAUGCUUCUGCAACGUAUGAUAUAAAUUCUGAUGACAAAGCAAAACCUUGGCUCUUGUUUAAUUUGUCUAGAUCUGAUUAUCAUGUGUAUACAUCUAAAGUUAUGACUCCGCAGAAGAAUUCCUCAAAAUUUUCUUUUGGGAUUAUAAUCAUUUGAUAAAUGAAUGUCUUUUGAUAAUUAGGCAAAUGAAAGUGCUCUCUUUCCCUUU